CCUAUAAGGCAGGGAUAACGAGAGGUAUCUGGACACCUGUUAAGUUUAUUGCAUAUGGUACACCCGUGGUCCCUGUACGCAAGGAUAAUAAAUUAAGAGUUUGCGGGGACUACUCGGCAACAGUGAAUCCACAGUUAGAGGAUCAUCGCCAUCCACUACCUUUGCCAGAAGACCUAAUGCGUAAAUUGUCUGGAGGCCAUGGAUUCACUAAAAUUGAUUUAGCAGAUGCUUACAACCAGAUUCGGUUGGGUCCUGAAAGUCAAAAACGACUGGCACUUAAUACUCACCAAGGAGUUCUCCUCCAGACGCGCCUACCUUUUAGUAUCAAAAGUGCACCAGGUUAUUUCCAGAGCAUCAUGGAACAACUGAUAGGUAACCCUCCAGGUGUUGCUGUAUAUCUUGAUGAUAUCCUAGUUAGUGGACAUAAUGCUGAGGAACAUUUACAUAACCUAAGACAGCUUCUACAAUGCUUGCAGGAGAAUGGUCUAAGAUGCAGGAGGGAGAAAUGUGAGUUUGCACAAGCAGAAAUUGAGUACCUAGGACACAAACUAUCAAGUCAAGGUGUUGCGAAAGGUCAUAAAGUGGAAGCGGUACUUAAAAUGCCACCACCGACAGAUGUCUCAACACUGAGAGCGUUCCUUGGGAAAUUGCAGUUCUACGGUAAAUUCUUACCAAACCUUUCAACCAUAGCCAGCCCUCUGAACAGGUUGACCAGAAAGGAUAUACCAUGGGAGUGGGCUGCAAAUCGUUUAGCCCGGUGGGCGCUAAUAUUGAAUCAGUAUGAUUAUACCAUUGAGUAUCGGAAGACAACCGAUCAUGGAAAUGCAGAUGCGUUAAGUCGGUUGCCAGUGGCACCGGACAAAGAUUUUGACAGGGAAGAGGAUGAUGCGGAAACAGACACAGUCU